AUGUCAGCUUCAAAAUCAGAAAGCUCUGAUUCAACUGUCAUCUUUCAAAACGACAUAAAGAAUGAAGUAAGAGAAAUUGGUGAACAAGCAAUAUGGUCAUUAUCAUCUUGCAAGCCUGGUUUUGGAAUUGAACAGUUGAGAGACAAUAAUUACGAUACUUACUGGCAAUCUGACGGACCACAACCUCAUUUGAUUAACAUUCAAUUCAGGAAAAAGACACUGGUAAGAUUUGUCAGUAUUUUCACUGAUUACAAAUCAGAUGAAAGCUAUACCCCAAAUAAAAUAUCAGUCCGGGUUGGGAACGAUUUCCAUGAUUUGAAACAAGUAGAUCUGCUAGAACUCGACGAGCCAUAUGGAUGGGUGAAUAUUGAACUGAAAAACGAUGACCAGUGCAUCAAGACAUUUAUGAUCCAACUCGCUGUUGUUGGCAACCACCAGAAUGGAAGAGAUACGCAUAUUCGACAAAUUAAAGUCUUUGCACCAAAUGUAGAACGAAAGGAUAUAUCAAUGCCUAAUUCUUCGCAGUUUUCAUCGAUAGAACUGUCAAUGUACAGCCGAUUGCGCUAGAGUCAAUGCGAUAGAAUGGAUGGCUACAUCAAAGACCUCUCUGAAACACAGUGGAAAUUUGUGACGAGAAUUUGUUCAAUUUAUGAUCAUGUUUAGCAAUACCGUGAGGUUCAGCCAUUUAUUGAUCUUUACACAAUUGAAAGGAAUCAAAUUCCAGCGUCUCUUUUUAAAGACAGUAAACCAAAGCAAUUUGGCACCAUAAAUGGCAUAGGUUUAAAUCUGACGCCAUACGUUCCAAGAAACCAAAUGCAAG